UUGUGGGGUUUACUGCAUUUGUAUUAUUGGCUUCGUCCUGCGCAUAGCUUCUUGGUCCUAAGCUUCCCUUCUUCUCUGUGAAUCCUAGUUAACGCGACAAGGUUGGAUCCUUUGAUUCGGAAAACUGUGCUGCAGCAGUGUCGUCCGGGCAUCGGUACAAGAAUAACAAACACGUGCUGCCACUUUGAUUUUCUCCAGCUACGCCUUAAGAAGCACCAUGAUUUCGGCCAUUUCUUGGGUCCCCAAGGGGGCUUUAAAGUCCCAACCCGUUAUGGCCGACCCUCCUUCAAAGGAGGAAAUGGAGGAAUUAAUUAACAGCGUUAACAUGGAGAGAAGUGGAGACAGUGAGAACGAAGAUAAUGAUGAAGAUAUGGAUGUUGGUCCUAACGAACAGGAUGAUGAAGUUAAACAAGCAUUAUCUGUAGCAGAUAUGCUUGGAAAGACAUCAGAAGUAAAAUUUGAUGAUAUAACUCUUGGUUUAAGGGAGCUUGACAUGGAAAAUUAUGAUGAAGAGGAUGAAGGAGUUGAGCUGUUUAGUUCAGGGAUUGGUGAUCUUUAUUAUCCAAGUAAUGAAUUGGACCCAUAUCUCAGAGAUCAAAAUGAUGAUGAGUCAGAAGAUUUGGAAGACAUGACAAUUAAUCCAACAGACUCUGUAAUUGUUUGUGCAAAUAAUGAGGAUGAUGUCAAUCGUCUUGAGGUUUGGAUACUUGAGGACUCUAGUUCUAAUGAGAUAAACAUGUAUGUUCGCAAUGAGAUCAUGAUUUCAGCAUUUCCGCUCUGCACAGCUUGGUCAGAUUUCCACCUUAAAGGGGAAGAAAGAGGGAGCUUCAUAGCUGUUGGCUCAAUGGAAACUUCAAUAGAAAUUUGGGACCUUGAUGUUGUUGAUGAUAUAGAGCCAUGCACGGUUUUAGGUGGCAUGAAAAAGAGAAAAGGGAAGAAGAAGAAACCCAACAAAUACAAGGAUGGCAGUCACACUGACUCCGUGCUUUCUCUUGCUUGGAACACUGAGUACAAGAAUGUACUUGCAAGUGCUAGUGCUGACAAUCAGGUGAAGAUUUGGGAUGUGGAUGCUGGGAAGUGUGAAAUUACGAUGGAGCAUCACUCAGACAAGGUUCAAGCAGUUGCUUGGAAUCAUCAUGCUCCACGAGUUCUUCUUAGUGGGUCUUUUGAUCGUACUGUUGUCAUGAAGGACGGAAGGAUUCCAACACAUUCUGGAUUUAAGUGGUCAGUUCCAGCUGAUGUAGAGAGCGUGGCUUGGGAUCCACAUGCUGAGCACUCAUUUGUGGUGAGUCUGGAAGAUGGUAUUGUCAAGGGUUUUGAUGUUCGUGCUGCCCAGUCCAAUUCAACAUCUGAACCAACGUCUGUUUUUACUCUUCAUGCACAUGAUAAAGCUGCCACCUCAGUAUCCUAUAAUCUGUUGGCAGCUAAUCUUCUUGCGACUGCAUCCACAGAUAAAUCGGUUAAACUUUGGGAUUUGUCAAACCAACCAUCUUGCAUAGCAUCUCAUAAUCCUAAAGCAGGAGCUAUUUUCUCUAUUUCUUUCUCAAAGGACAAUCCAUUCUUGUUGGCUAUAGGAGGGUCCAAGGGAAAAUUGCAGGUCUGGGACGCCUUAUUAGCUUCGGGCGUCUCUCAAAGGUUUGGAACCUCUGGCAAGAAUAAACCUCGAACUGGGUCUUGAUACUGAUCAUGGACGAGUUGGCCAAUCAUCUUCCUCUAUUUUUUGCCUUUUUGCAACGAGUGUUGUGUUGCCUGUACAAAAAAGUUUUAAAACUUGAUGUGAAUGACAUCAUUCGGUUGCAGUAUCUAUCUCCUGUUGGGGGAUUUUCUUUUUCAAUUUUUUUAUUCUUCUUUAUGAUGUCUUCUAUAAUAUUAUUUAGGAGUGGCUGUUGGGUUGACUGUUAGAAGUCUCUUCACUAUUGUAUUUUGUAUUUUGACAGGUUCUUAUUGAGGCGAUUCUCAUUUUUUUUU